CGUGGUUACAAUAACAACCCAAAUAUCAUUUCCUGCCUGCUUCAGUUCUUUUGUGCUUUUCUUGAACACUUGAUGCCUGAAGGUUAUCCAUAGAUUCAAAACAUUCGCAGAGUCGAAUCCUGCAAAACCCGAAGAAACCCGCAUAGUGAAAUGGUGUCGAUCGUAGAAGUUGAUAGUGUUCUCCGUCGCAGUUCCAGUCUCAAAGGAAGAAGCUGAUAUUCUAAAUUCAUGGAGGACAAAUUGUCGAAGGGCAACGAUUACGGGCACUAGUCUUGGUCUUAUUGUUACUUGGUCAGUAACAGGAAGGCUAAGUAAUUUUGCCCGUGCUAACCUUGCAGCAGUUGCUGGUCUCUGUGCUGGCGUAUUGACAUGUAAGAGCGCAUUGCAAUCAAGUGUUGAACAGUGUCUCUCUCUGAAUGGAACUCGGUUGCAAAGUGAAUUAGCUGAAAUUUAUGCAAUUUCCUGACAUUUCUUUUGAAUUUCUCUUCUGAAUUUCUUAGGAUACUACUCUAGUUUUUACCCUACCCCCAUUGAACUAUGUUGUGAUAUAGUGUUUGGAUGCUACACAGAAUAGUGAAAAAGUACCCAUAUGAACAUGCAAUGAAGUCUCUCUCCAAACAUUUCUUCUGUGAGAAUGUUUAUGAUGAUUCAUCAUCAGACAAACCGACACAAAGGUUGCGCUUAAGGAAUUUCUCGGGUGAGAAGCUUGAUAGUUUCCAACGGACAGAAGAUGACUCCUACAAGGAUGCAUCAACUAAUUUGGGGAGGAUCAACAUGAAAAAAGCCAACCACAGAGAAGAUUCACAUGCUUCCAGAAGAAAUGAUCUUGAACAAAAGGUGAGGGCCGGUGAUGAUGCUGUGUCAGAUCCAUUUGACUGUGUAUUUGGUCUGGCUUCUGAAAAUGUGAAUGAGAUUCCUCAUCAAUCCUCCCCAGACUCAUCCCACACAUUGCCUCGAAAACAUGGUAGAAGCCACAGGCGAUCUCGACGCAAGCAUCCAGUACAUCACAAGGAGACAUCUGAUGCUACCUACUAGCUAGCUAGCACUUAGACUAUGUUUGGCUAUCAGCGUUCGAGCCAAAAUGCCAAUAGACAUUGAACACAAAACGCUUCAAAAUGCAGCAUUUGGAGAUCACAUUUCUGCUCAUCUGCCGAAAAACAAACGCACUGUUAGUUAAGCCACAAGUCCUGGUGUUUCAAGAAAUGCAUGCCACGUGACCCUGUUUUGCUGCCUUUUUUCUCCUUUUCGGUAACCAGCUGGUGCUGUGUGGCCCAGGUGUAUUGCUUGUUGGGCAUGAUUAUGAUUUGGCAGUGAAACUUUCUCUUUUAUUCUGGUAGACUCACUGUUGUGUAUGAAAUGAUGUUUACCUAUGGACUUGCUGAGCAUACGCAAUGCCACAGUGGUAAAUCUGGUAAUUGAAUGGUAUUGUGAGCAAAUAGGUUGAUGGCGUUGGUAUUAUGAGGCUAUGAAUUUUAUUAUCAUCAUUUCAUUUAAAAAAACUAUUGUUAUAGUUCUGAUGUUGUAUACUAUGGGAAAAUGUACAUGAGAUUUGAUUUGAUACCAGUUGUGUAGUUUUUUGAAUUAACAGGAGCCUAUUUUCUGUAUUAAAAAGUAGAGAUCGUGUAAGAAUAAUAUGGACCCCAAGACUUUGACCAUGCUCUCUUGGAUAUCCUAGGAGGUACAUGGGUGUUGAAACUUGAAAUAAGGGUGGUACCUUUCUUGGAUAUCCUAGGAGGCCUUUGAGAAACCCAGUGGGUAGGGAUCAGUUCCGAGUUCCGAGAUUGGCCGUUUUUUUGUUCUUUCAGAAAUUGAAUCCCAUAUAGCAAUCCAGCCUAAACUCAUUCUCCUUUUAGAAAUAGCACGAAACUGUUUUCAUAUUCGGCUGUAGUUAUACUACCUAUUUUUAAAUAGGCUAAUAAGUUGGUUAUAGAUUAAUAUUGACCCGAGAAUUGUUUGCUCUCCGGUUCUACCGUUUAUCUGACCUUGAACCGGCUGAAUUAGAAUCAGAUUGGAUCUGCCCUAUGUGGUGGACAGUAAGGAUCUGUGAAAGGUAUGAUAGGUUCAUCCGUUCACAGGGGACUAUUGAAAAGUAAUUUAAUCUGGUUGAUGAUGCUAAAUUUUGACAAUUUUCCCUUGGUAGUUGUUUCAAAAAUUAUGUCACUUCUUCUUUAAAAUAAUAAGUUUGCGGUUUUUAUUAUUGUUGUAUGCUUUGUCAAUAGACUCAAUACUCAAUAUUGCAACAAUUCAUACUUUUUAAAUUUUAGUCAAUCUUGGCGGAAAUUGACCCACGAGAAUAGGGAAAGUUGCUGAGAUUCUAUGAAUUUUCAACUGUCUCUUCUCACUUUUUGAAAGUUUAUAUAUUGAGCUUGACCCAUUCUUUAUUGGUCAGAGAGAAUCCAAAACGAAUUCUCCACUCAAGAGACUCCAAACAUUGCAGAAAACAAUCAAAAAUGGAAGAAGAAACCUCAAACUCAGAAUCCCCAGAAAUCACUCUGAGAUCAAUACAGCUUUCAGACUUGGACGAUUUCAUGGAAUGGGCAGGAGAUGAAAGAGUGACCACUUUCUGUUCAUGGGAUACUUACACCUCAAAAGACCAAGCCAUUGACUUCAUAAAGAACCAUGCAAUUCCACACCCAUGGUUAAGAGUGAUAUGCCUUGAGAAUAGAGUAGUUGGGGCAGUAUCUGUGACCCCCAGGUCAGGGCAUGACAGUUGCAGAGGUGAGCUUGGGUAUGUGCUGGCACACAAGUAUUGGGGCAAAGGGAUUGCCACAAGGGCAGUCAGGAUGGUUGCAUCUACCAUCUUCUCAGAGUGGGCCCACCUGGAGAGGCUUGAGGCUUUUGUAGAUGUGACAAACAAAGGCUCUCAGAGGGUGCUGGAGAAAUGUGGGUUUCUGAGGGAAGGGUUUUUGAGGAAGUACAUGAUCCUGAAGGGAAGAUCUAGAGACACAGUGGUUUACAGCCUCCUCUCCACUGAUUUAUGUUCUCUAGGUAUAACUCAAGGGGGGCAUAACUCAAGAGGGGAUGAAUGGAUUGCUAUAGAUCUCUCGAGAGGAUGAAACAGGAGUGUGUUACAUAUCUUCUAACAACUGGGAAAACCUAUGAGUGAGACGACAUGCAUCCAAAA